AUGCAGCAAGAAUUUGACUUUUCAGAAUUCUUCGAUAAAAGCCUAGUGACUGAUUGCCUGAUUAAAUUCGAAGGUUCUUCAUCUGCUGAGAUCCGCGCACAUAAGUUAAUUCUCGCAAAUUCAUCAAAUUUCUUUUUCAAUAUGUUUACUGGCCAAAUGGACGAAGAGCGCACAGGAACUGUUAACUUAGUAUACAAUCCUGAUAAUCUUUUGCAAGAAGCUAUCCGUUGGAUGUAUAAUGGUAAAAAAUUCUAUGAAGACUAUGAUAUAGAAAAGCUCCUGAAGUUAUAUGCGGUUUCUGCAUUUUAUACAAUAGAAAAUCUUCAAAAUGAUCUUAAAACAGUGAUUUCUCAAAAAAUACCACAAUUAAAAAUGCUAAACUAUUGCGAUUUCUGUUAUAAGCAAGGUCUUAGUGAAACCCUUAAUUAUUUGGCUGUUUUAAUCGGUGAAAAUUUCGAAAAAUACGAUGAUAUAUCGAAAAUGUCGGAUAUUUUAGAUGUCAGAGUGUACGCAUUAGCAUUACAAAAAUAA